UUCUGGAAUGACAGUGAUGAGUUUUGUGUAACGGCUUUAUGUUCUACAAAGUAGCUUCUACUUUGUAGAACUAUUAAAAAAUAUUCUCUUAAAAGAGAAAUCCCUUCAUUACUGCAUUUAUCGGACCGGCGUCUUAAAGCAUCCGAAACGUCAAGAUGAUGCACAGAAGGGGUGGCAAACGGAUCCGAAUGGACGAUCCAGUGCCACCGGAGUAUGAAACUCCGAUGACACCGAUGACACCGAUGACAGAUGAUCGCGGGGACGCGAACGACUCUUAUAACGCAUAUACGCCAUACAAUCAAGCGUCUCAGACCCCGCUGCACAAUCCGACACCAGAGCAUUACUCAUCUGAGAGCUAUAGUUCACCGGGCACAUCUCAACAGCAGUAUCAGGAACAAUCGGGGAAUUUUGAUAAUCAACAAUUUGAAGCUCCUAUGACACCUGCUACUCCUAACAUGAGAAUCACAAGAAACACACGUGCCAGGAUGCGUGGAGGUGUAGUGCAGCAACCCAAGUAUAAAGAAGUUGAUACAGAUUAUACUCCAUCAUCCACUAGUAAGGGGAAAGGUGGUGGUGGACGAGGACGUGGCAGAAGGGCGCAUAAUUCGCAUAGUCUGGAAGAUGAAGCUAGUCUUUACUAUGUUAUUAGGAACAAUCGUUCCUCACUUACUACCAUUGUUGAUGAUUGGAUAGAAAAGUAUAAGAGUAACAGAGAGAAUGCGCUGCUUAUGUUGAUGCAGUUUUUCAUCAAUGCCAGUGGUUGCAAAGGUCGCAUCACUUCUGAGAUGCAGCAAACCAUGGAACAUGUGGCAAUUAUUCGCAAGAUGACUGAAGAAUUUGAUGAAGAAAGUGGUGAAUAUCCACUAAUAAUGACUGGACAACAAUGGAAGAAAUUCAAAGGAAAUUUCUGUGAAUUUGUUCAAAUUCUGGUUCGACAGUGUCAAUAUUCUAUUAUCUAUGAUCAAUUUUUAAUGGAUAAUGUUAUUUCUUUGUUAACUGGGCUCUCAGAUUCACAAGUGAGAGCAUUUAGGCAUACCGCAACACUUGCAGCUAUGAAACUCAUGACAGCUUUGGUAGAUGUUGCUUUGACUGUAUCUAUAAAUUUGGAUAAUACACAACGGCAAUACGAAGCAGAAAGGCAGAAAGCCCGAGAGAAAAGGGCGGCGGAUAGAUUGGAGUCUUUAAUGGCAAAGCGAAAAGAGUUGGAAGAGAAUAUGGACGAAAUAAAGAAUAUGCUUACAUACAUGUUCAAAUCUGUUUUUGUUCAUAGAUACAGAGAUACAUUGCCUGAAAUACGUGCAAUUUGUAUGACAGAAAUUGGAGUCUGGAUGAAAAAAUUCCACCAAAACUUCUUAGAUGAUUCAUAUUUGAAAUAUAUCGGCUGGACUCUGCAUGAUAAAGUUGGAGAAGUCAGACUCAAGUGCCUACAGGCAUUACAACCGUUAUAUGCGUCAGAGGAAUUGAAAACGAAGCUGGAAUUAUUCACGAGCAAAUUCAAAGAUAGAAUUGUGGCAAUGACGUUGGAUAAGGAGUACGACGUUGCGGUGCAAGCUGUGAAGCUGGUUAUCUCAAUCUUGAAACAUCAUCGGGAUAUUCUUACCGAUAAAGAUUGCGAACACGUGUACGAACUUGUUUAUUCAUCGCAUCGUGCCGUUGCACAGGCAGCUGGUGAAUUUCUUAACGAACGUUUAUUCCGUCUGGACGACGAAGGCAUGGCGGCCAUGGCGGGCGUUAAAACCAAACGCGGGAAGAAACGAUUGGCGAAUACUCCUCUCAUACGCGAUCUUGUUCUAUUCUUUAUCGAAUCCGAAUUGCACGAGCACGGAGCAUAUCUAGUCGACUCCCUAAUCGAAACUAAUCAAAUGAUGAAGGAUUGGGAGUGCAUGACGGAUCUCUUAUUGGAGGAGGCUGGUCCUGAUGAAGAAGCGUUGGAUAAUCAGAAAGAAACGUCCCUUAUUGAGUUGAUGGUGUGUUGCAUAAAACAAGCCGCUACGGGCGAAGCACCGGUGGGUCGCGGCCCCACUCGAAAAAUUCUAUCUGUGAAAGAAUUGAAACAAGUUCAUGAUGAUAAACAAAGACUGACUGAACAUUUUAUUCAAACAUUACCACUGUUACUCGAUAAGUAUAGGGCGGAUCCUGAAAAAUUGGCAAAUCUGCUUGCAAUCCCGCAAUACUUCGAUUUGGAUAUUUAUACGAAAUCUCGGCAGGAAAUAAACCUGGAUUCCUUAUUAAAUAAAAUCCAUUCAAUCGUAGAAAAAAUGCACGACACUGAAGUUUUAGAUACAGCGGCUAGAACUUUGGAAUACAUGUGUGUGGAAGGCCACGCUAUUUUCACUAGAUGCAACGUUGCUCGUUCCACUCUGAUCGAUUCCAUUGUGAUAAAAUAUCAAGAAGCGAUCGACGAGUACAGAAAUUUGAUUGAAGGAAAUGAGGAACCAGACGAAGAUGAAAUAUUUAACGUUGUCCAGUCGCUCAGAAAAGUUUCCAUAUUUUACUCUUGUCACAAUAUGAAUCCUUGGAGCAUAUGGGAUUCUCUGUACAAGGACAUAGAAGAUGCAAAGGAUCCAUCAAAACGUUUACCAGAGGAAGCAGUUAAAUACUGCAUAAGUGCAUGCUUCUUCGCUAUCUUGUGGGGUCAGAAUCAUUUGAUGGAAGCUGUGGAGUCGGGUAGUCGUGGCGAAGAUGAAUGUCGACAAUUGAAGGAACGAUUGCACUCGUUUAUGGGUUCGAUGCGUCAUUUCAUCAGCGGUGGCACGCCAUCGACACUGGUCUUGAGGGAAGAAGCGUAUAACACGAUAUGCGAUUUAUUAGUAGUGUUCUGCAAUCAAUUGACCAGUCACAGUAAUUCUUUGAUGCAUCAAUUAGUGUACGAACCCGAUCAAGCAAUGCAAAACAUGCUCAAUAGAUUUAUACAAGAGUAUGUCUUUUUCGAAGAAGAAGAUGACGAACAUGACGAACAUUCUAAAAUCGAGGAGCUUCAUAAACGAAGAAAUUUCUUAGCCGGUUACUGCAAGUUAAUAGUGUAUAAUAUGAUUCCUACGAAAGCUGCGGCAGAUGUAUUCAAGCAUUAUGUCAAAUAUUACAACGAUUACGGCGAUAUUAUUAAAACCACCCUAGGAAAGGCGAGAGACAUCAACAAAACGAAUUGUGCGCUAACGAUGCAACAAAGUUUAAAUAUUUUGUACAAUGAAAUAGUGGCCGAGAAGGGAAAAGUGAACAGAAACAGUGAGGAGUUUAUGGCAAUCAAGGAACUCGCGAAGCGAUUUGCUUUGUCAUUUGGUUUGGAUGCCGUGAAAAAUCGCGAAGCAAUAACAGCCUUGCACCGCGCCGGUGUAUUAUUCGCCAUUACUCCACCGGACGGUAUCGAACAAGAUCCUACAGGCCCGCCACCGAAUUUAUCAUUCCUCGAGAUACUGUCAGAAUUCACGAAUAAGCUUCUCAAACAGGAUAAACGUGUCGUACUCAACUUUUUGGACAGACGAUUACAAGCUGGAAUGCCAUCUUCGCGAGGAGAGGAUUGGCAACCUUUGCUUUUGUACAGAAAUAGUUUACUGCACGGUGAAACUGAUCAAGUUCCAGUCACAAGUAAGCGGGCUUACACAAGGCGCAAGAAGGAUCAUUUAGCGGAGGAAGAGGAAGCUGAUGAACCUGAUGAAGGUUCUGAUCAUGAGUUUGCAGGCAAGCACAAAAAAAAGCGUGGCCCACGGAAGAAUCAAUUGCCAGUUAAUAAAGUGGUGAUAACUCGUGGAUCCAGGGCGAACGCUUUCUAUGAAAAUGAUGCCGCACAAAUUCAAACAUCUCCUUCAGCAAUCAUAGAGGACACGUCAACAAGUCCUUCGCAAGAUAUUGAUAACAGACUUAAGACAUUACAAAUACAGUCAAGAUCACGGAGGAAUCAAGAACAUACAGAGCACAGAGAGUUGCGGAGAACCUCCAGGAAUUCAGGCAGAUAUGUAGAGGGACAAUAUAUGGAAUCUGAUUCCGAGUAAGGAGACUUAAAAACUUUAUUUAUCCCUAAAUUUAGAUGAUUGAAUUGUGAUAUGUGUUCAAAACAUAUUGUUCAAUGCAUAUAUGUUGAAAGCAAGUGUACCAUCUGAGAAUCACAAAAAGAUGUUUAAGUUAUACAGAUGAUGAAAAGCUUGCGGAGCAAAUAUUAGUAUGUUAUAACAGAUUAGUGUUACAAAGUAUAAAUAUAUAAGCGAAAUUUUUAGUUUUUUUUUACACAAUUGAAUUUAUUUUAUUAUGUUACAUACAAAUUUUACUUAUCUUUAAAUUUAAUUGAUUAUAGUGAUAUUUGUUCAAAAAGCAGAUAUAUCAUCUGAUAAUCACAGAAAGAUUUAAGUUACACAAAUGAUAAAAAAAGCUUACAAAGUAUUAAUGUUAAUACAGGAAGCUAUUUAGUAACUUUUUUAAAUAAACAGAC